AUGGCCUUUUCUUCAGCCACUUCUCUGAGUUUCGAAUCCUCUCGAAUCUGCCUAACAAUACCAUCCAGAAUUUCAAGUUUGAGGACAGUCACUCUCACUGUGGGAUGGACUAGAAGGAGUUUUCCUUCUUUGAAAACCCGCAUCUCUUGUGCAGUCCAGGCACAGCCUGAGACAGUGCAGAAAGUUUGUGAGAUUGUGAGAAAAAGACUUGCUCUGCCACUUCAAUCUGAGCUUACCCCACAAAUCAAGUUCUCAGCUCUUGGUGCUGAUUCCCUUGACACUGUGGAAAUAGUGACAAGUUUGGAGGAAGAGUUUGGCAUUAGCGUUGACGAUGAGAACUCUGAAUUGAUAACAACUGUUCAAGAAGCAGCUGAGUUAAUAGACAAACUGGUUCAAAAGAAAGAUGGAGACUAGGAGCUG